UUCACCUGUCAAAACUAUGAAUCCUUUGCCGAAUCAUUUAAAAUUUCUCCCACCCUCUAUUCCAAUUCCAGAGAGAUACACAUGGGUGGUCUUACAUAGGAGGUGGACUUUAAUUCCAAAAGUCCUCUCCAAUAAAUUCACCCCUAACGACCAAACUCUCACUGAUCCACCAUUGGAUGAUCCUAUGGAUGAGGAACUGGUGGACUGGGGGGACGAUGAGGAUGACCAGAAAUUUGUUGAAGAGAAGAAUUUUAUGGAUAAGGACAAUGUGAUUGAAGCACAGGAAGCUCAUUUUCAAGAUGACCCUUUUCUUGAAGAUGAAGUUCCUACCGAGUUUGUUUCAGGUACUUCUUCGACCCUAUCAGAAGAAGUGAUAGAAACAAAAAACCUUCUACUCGGUGGACUGAAGAAGCAGAAUUCAUCCCUCAUCCACCUAUAUCUGUCAAGAAAAAAAAUCAUUCCAGAAGAUCCGAGAGAAGCAGGUGGACAGGAAAACCUUCGUAUCUUCAAGCGGAUUCUCUAUCUUUCUGAAGGUGCUUCUGGUCUUACAAUCAACUUCUCUAAGAGUUGUCUUUACUCCACUAAUUAUGGCUUUCAGCCAAAUGCAUCUUCUGCAGUAAUUCUCAACUGCAGAAGAGACUGUUUGCCAUUCACUUAUCUUGGGGUUCCAAUCUCCGGAAGGCGCCAAAGGAAACAGGAUUGGUUGAAACUUAUUUUAAUGGUUCUCUCUAAACUCAUGUCUUUGAAGGCCAACUAUCUCUACCUUGGAGGUCAUCUUACCCUUAUGAAUUGGGUUCUUUCCUCCGUUCCAUCCUAUUGGAUGUCUGUUUUCAAACUCCCAGUUUGGGUGAUCAAAGAGAUAAAUAAGAUUCGUAGAGAUUUUCUUUGGAAAGGCCCAGAUUUGGGUGCAAAAGGCAUUAGUCUUGUUGAUUUGAAAAGAAUUUGUAAACCCCGAGAGUUGGGAGGGUGGCGAAUCCUGAACCUUUUUGAAUUUAACAAACCCCUCUUAGGUAAAUGGUGGUGGAAAAUCUUCACAGGUCGCAAAGGUUGCUAGGCCAAAAUAAUUCAAGCCAACUACCUAACUGAAGGGUGUUUAGGAUCUUUACUACACUCUUCAGCUCGGUCUUCUUCUUCUUUCUUUUGGGCUAGUAUUCGUACAAUCCUACAUGCCUUUCUUUUUUGUACUUCCAUAAAGGUGAAAAACAAAGACUCUACACUAUUGUGGUUUGACAACUCGGUUGGUGGUAGAGCUCCAAAGGACAUUUGGGCCAACCUCUUU